GUGUGUUUUUUUUAUUAAUACAAGCCUAGACUCUAUGAAGUUCAUGGUAUUACACACUCCUGUACAGUUGGUGGCGGUAUACUAAAACAAUAGUAAUCUGCCAAGAAGAAGAAGAAGACGAAGAAGAAGCAGAAGAAGAAGAAGAAGAAGCAGCUCAUUUCUGCUGUAUUUGACAUUAGUUGAAAUGAGAAGCUAACCACAUUCAAGAAGUUUUCUGGUAGUGCUCUAUUGAAGUCAAGCCACGUAUUAAGUCAUGGAAAACUAAGUCAAAUAGCAGGUCGCUGAUUUUAUCGACACUACAGCGGGGCUGCAGCAGGUGGAAGCAGCCGCCUCCGCGGAGAUGGUCAACUUGAACUGGAAGCCGUUCAUCUACGGAGGGAUGGCCUCGAUUGUCGCAGAAUUCGGGACAUUUCCCAUUGACCUGACUAAGACGCGACUACAGGUCCAGGGUCAGUGCCAGUACACGGAGGUGCGCUACAGGGGCAUGUUCCACGCCCUCUUCAAGAUCGGCAAGGAGGAGGGCAUCCGAGCGCUCUAUUCUGGGAUUUCUCCUGCUCUGUUGAGACAAGCUUCUUAUGGGACAAUCAAGAUAGGAACCUACAACUCUCUGAAGAGGCUGUUUGUUACCCAUCCAGAAGACGAGACCAUGGUCAUCAACGUCUUCUGUGGUGUCGUCUCUGGAGUCCUGUCCUCUUCCCUAGCCAACCCCACUGAUGUCCUCAAGAUCAGAAUGCAGGCGCAAGGCAGUCUGCUCCAAGGCAGCAUGAUGUCCAACUUCAUCAACAUCUACCAGACAGAGGGCACCAGAGGGCUGUGGAGAGGUGUCAUCCCCACAGCGCAGCGAGCAGCCAUUGUCGUCGGAGUGGAACUUCCUGUCUAUGACAUAACGAAGAAGCAUCUCCUUCGCUCUGGCGUCAUGGGAGACACCAUUUUGACACAUUUUAUUUCAAGUUUCACGUGUGGCCUGGCGGGGGCGCUGGCCUCUAACCCUGUGGACGUUGUCCGGACCCGUAUGAUGAACCAGCGAGUUUUGUCAGGAGCCCCCAUGUAUAAAGGAACACUCGACGGACUGAUGCAGACGUGGAAGAAUGAGGGCUUCUUCGCUCUCUAUAAGGGAUUCUGGCCUAACUGGCUUCGGCUCGGGCCUUGGAACAUCAUUUUCUUCAUCACCUUCGAGCAGCUGAAGAAGCUCCCGUUUUAACAGGAGCAGGAAGUGGGACUUCACUGGUCUGUUAGUGUCAGGCAUAAGUGGGGUGUGAGCACGGCUGCACCUGGAGUUUUGGCAACAGUAUAUUUACACGAUACAAUACAUUAUUAGUCAUCUGCCCAUGCUUAUCCAAAUUCUUUUUUUCUUUUUUUUUUGUUGCAAUGUGUUUUAUUUAUUGUCACUGGUUCGGUUUUAGUAUUGUUUUAAGGACUGUUGCUUUGGUGAUUGCUCUCACCCUCAACCACCUGCGACACUCCCCAGGCAGCUUAAUGUUUGGUUGUAGAAGACUGCAAGUUUGGAAGACUGAAGUUUAUUUCCUUGAGCUGAUUGAAACGACCGUUUACAGAGUUUAUGGGUUGAGUGAGUUUCUCAAAAGACAAACAGAGAUGACACUUGUGAUUGUUUGCUCAGGAUUUCUAUACAGAUCUGGGAAAAACAUUGAAAAAUGUAUUUAUAAGCCUAUAAAAUUUAUUUAUAAGCCUAGGAAUUACAGAAUGUCAGUUCAGUCUUGCAUGGCUAUAUGCACAGUUUGUGGAGUUUAAUAAAAGGGGUAAAUAAUAAGAAGUUUUAAAUUGAGUGACGUUUAGGAGCCCUAUACUUUGAAUGCAUGGGCGCUGCAUGAAAUGUGCUCGGAAAAUAAGUCAAUUUAACUGCUAAUGUGAGAAAUUGCAUGGAUGAGUGGUACAAAUAGAUCAACUGUUACAGGUAGUUACUGUUGUGAGAAGGAAUUAAGACCUUGUCAGAAAUCCUACUCAGCAGCACUCUAGGCAUGGUGCAAAAUGGGUUUUUUUGUUUACCGGCCAAAUAGUUAGUAAAUGUUUAAAUUUGACCAGCCUCUUAAUAGAGUACCAUUGUUUAUUUGCCGGUGAGUAAAGUACAUCUACCAGCCACUUGCAUAUUUUACCAGCAUUUGGCCGGUGGAUGGUGCUAAUUUUGUACCCUGACACCAGGUGAUCAGUGGUUGAUCUCUGUAAAUGGAUGAUGAUACUCAGCAAUAUCAGGGGUGUAUUAAAAGGGAUAGUUUGGAUUUUUGGAAGGGGGGUUGUAUGAGUACACUGCUUUCUUCAAACUAAUAUUUUGUUGUUAAGAAUUAUUUUUUUCCAUUCAAUGGGUCAGUUGCCAGAAAAUAACUCAACAUGUUUGUUUUUCUUUUAUUUUUUAUUUCAUAGGUAAAGCAAUUUCCUGUGAGAGCCACUGCAGUUUUACUUGAAACCAUCAGAAACCUGAACCAAAGCCUCUGACAAAAGGGAGACACGUUAGCUCUUAUUCAUUCACAGCCAAAAGAAGUUUGUUUGUUUUCUCGUCCUCGUUUUUAAAGAAAUAAUCAAUCCGGAUGGGUUACUGCUAUGAAUGUGUUUUUUGUCUUGUUUUUGCUGUAAAGACCCGUUUUUCACAUCGUUUUCUUGAUGUUUAUCUACAGUCUGCUGCAGUAUUGGGAGCUAAUUUUGUUAUUAACCCACAAGAAAACGAUCCCGUACAAUGUAACUUGCUGAAAAGACUCAUUCACACAUAACACAUUAUCUUUUUAUGUCUAGGUGUUUAUAAAAUGCUUUGUUGC